ACUUCAUAUACUACUGUGAAUCUCUCUUUCUUGCCUGAUUAAUAUCUCUUUCACUUCCUCCUUUUUGCAUCACACAUUCAAACAUCUUGUGGUUUUCUCUUUCUAGAUCUACAAAUCUAUUCAAUUUUAAUCUCAGCUCAGACGUUCACAUCUCUCAGCAAAGUGGUGAAAAUGUUAAGCCAAAUUUUAGAGUCGAUUUUGACAAAGCUGGGAGAGUCAUUUUUGUCAAAGUUGGUGGAUCAAACGGCGGAUAAUGCAUACAACAAUGUGAAUAGUAUAAAGGACAUUGAGCUCAUUUUAAAAGUUCUGCAGAAAAAGUUGAAGUCAUUGUGUGCUAAGGCAUUUGAUGUUGAGGAGGAAAUCAAGAACUCAGAGCUUUCUGGUCGAAAGAAAAGGAAGCGCGAAGUUGAGGAGUGGUUGGAAGAAGUGAGGUCCAUUGAAAAGCAAGUUGUUGAGUUGGGCACUCAAGUGGAAUCCGAAGGAUUUAUUAUGAGAUUGAUGGAUGGAGGGUUGCCAGCUAAACUAAUUGAUGAGGUUGACUUGCUUGUUGAGCAAAGUCGGAAUUUUGGUGAACUUGUCCUUGAUGUUUGUGGAAGUAGGGGAGAUAAGUUGUUGACAAAUGGGAUGGUUGGUGAAGCUUUUAACGAAAAUUUGGAAACGAUUUUGAAACAAUUGGAGAGUAGGCAUGUGUCGAGCAUUGGUGUUUAUGGUAUGGGUGGUGUGGGCAAAACGACACUGGCAAAGCACAUUCACAAUCGAAUCCUCCAAGACUCUCAGGGACGUGUGAUUUGGGUUACAGUCUCUCAAGAAUUUAGUGUUACGACGUUACAAGAUAAAAUUGCUCGUUUUAUAGGUUUGGACUUUGGGGGUGAGGAUAAUGAAGACAUAAGGGCAGCGAGACUCCAUACAACUUUGUCUCAGAUGAAGAAUUCAGUGCUGAUAUUAGAUGAUGUGUGGGAAAAUAUUGAUCUUUCAAAGGUUGGAUGUCCCAUUUCUGUUGAGUGUUGUAGGCUAAUUAUAACUACUCGCAUUUUAGAAGUGUGUCGUCAAAUUUGUUGCCAAAAAGUGAUUCCAGUGAAAACUCUACAUCAUCACGAGGCAUGGAAAUUGUUCAAUGAAACGCUAAGAAAUGAGAUAGAACUUGAUUCUUCGGCAGAAGAGAUUGCCAGAUCUGUGGCAAAAUUGUGUGGUGGUCUGCCCCUAGCAAUUGUUACAGUAGCUGGAAGCAUGAGGGGCGAGAGAGCCAUUUAUACAUGGAGAAAUGCUUAUGCAGAACUAAGAGAGCGUAUCUCAGGGAAUGAUGGCAUGGGAGACGGUUAUGUUUAUAAAGUAUUGAAAUAUAGUUUUGAUCGGUUGAAUAGGAAUCGUCAUAGUCAGAGUAAUGAGUUCAAUACAUUACAACAUUGUUUCCUGCAUUGCGCGUUAUAUCCUGAGGAUGAAGAAAUAUUUAGAGAGUGUUUGGUUAGAAAGUUCAUUUCAGGAGGGAUGGUGGAUGAAAGAAAGACAAGGAGAGCGCAAAUUGAGCAAGGAUAUUACAUAUUGGAUAAAUUAGUGAAUGUGUGCUUAUUGGAAAGUUGUGCUGGUCCCAGUAGUUUUGAUCCUACGGAAUGCUUGAAGAUGCAUGAUCUGUUAAGAAGUAUGGCAUUGAAUAUAUGUGAGGGGAAAUAUAUGGUAAGAGCAGGUGAUAUGUCUUUGAUUGAAAUUCCCAAAGAAGCAGAAUGGGCAAAGGAUCUGGAGAAGGUGUCCUUUGUGAAAAAUGGCAUAAGGAGAAUUGAAGAAGGAAUGUCUCCCGAUUGUCCUAAGCUCUCAACAUUGCUUUUAUUCGGUAAUUAUUGGUUGGAGUUUAUCCCAGAUUCAUUCUUUUCUAAAAUGCAAGGACUAUGCACUCUUGAUUUGAGCUGGACUAGCAUAACGAAGCUGCCAAACUCAAUCUGUGCCUUGAAGAGCCUCAAGGCAUUGCUCCUUGAGUGGUGUAAGUAUCUAGGAAAUGUGCCAUACUUGGGAGAGAUGAAAGAACUCAGGGAGUUAAACCUCUCGAAAACAGCCAUCACGGAAGUUCCUCAAGGAGUUGGGGAAUUAUUCAAUCUCAAAUUCCUCGCAAUGAAUGCGGAUAAACUGAACAAGGUUCCAAGAGGAUUGUUUCUUAAACUUGGAAAUCUUCAGCACUUAGAAUUACCAUUGUAUAUAGAAGUAGAAGUUGAAGAAAUUGAGAAUCUGAAACUGCUGGAGGAGUUUAGUGGAAGAAUGGAAAAUGUGAACGAUUUGAAGUCAUUGAUUACAAGUUGGGGAAGUCGGGUACGUGGCACUUGUUACAGAAUAUUAGUGGGAUCAUAUCAUGAAGAUAAGUUCAAUAUAAGAGAAGGAAUAUGUGAUAAUAAAGAGUUGUUCUUGUUCGAAUGCAACCUUGAAGAUGAGAGAAUAUUAGCAGAGGGAAUUGUGCAUCUAACAAUUAGUAAGUCGGGUACGUGACACUUGUUACAGAAUAUUAGUGGGAUCAUAUCAUGUAGAUGAAUUCAAUACAAGAGGAGGAACGUGUCAUGAUAAAGAGUAUUAGCAGAGGGAAUUGUGCAGCAAUGUGAGGGUCUGGGCAUAUGCUUUGUGGAUGGAUUGAAGAGAUUGAGAAUUGAAAGAUGUGGAGGAAUAGAGUACAUUUUGAGGAGUGAGGCAGGAUUAUCAUCUCAAAUGUCUGCUGUUGAAGAAAUUGAAUUGUAUGAGUUGGAUGGUAUGAAGGGGUUGAUCGAAAAGGGGGAAAUAGAAGCAUCAGCUGCACUUGCACAACCUGUGUUUUCCUCUCUGACUAAGCUAUGAAUUGAAAAGUGUAACAGGAUGAGGAUACCAUUACCAGGAGCUCCCAACCUCGUAGUUAUUGAUAUCAGCAAGUGUCGGGAAAUAGAAGAGAUAUUCGAAACAAGUUCCCUCACCCUCCCUAAAUUAAAUACCUUAUGGUUAAAAGAGCUGCCAAGACUGAGGAAGGUGGGGAUACUAUCAAGUGCUCCCAACCUUGAAUAUAUUGAUAUAAGCGAGUGUGAAGAAAUAGAAGAGAUAUUCGAAGAUGAAGAAAGAGAUUGCCUCGCCCUCCCCAAAUUAAAAUAUGUACAGUUACAUGAUCUUCCAAGACUGAGGAAGGUGGGGAUAUCACUAUCACGAGUUCCCAACCUUAUAAUUAUUUCUGUGACUAAGUGUGGAGGAUUAGAAGAUGUGUUCGAUGAUGAAGGAACAAGUUCCCUCACCCUGCCCAAAUUAAUAAAGUUGAAGUUGAAAGAGCUGCCAAGAAUGAGGAAGGUGGGGAUACUACUAUCAGGAGUUCCCAACCUUCAAUUGAUUUCUGUGAGAAAGUGUGGAGAAAUAGAAGAUGUGUUCGAUGAUGAAGGAACAGGUUCCUUCAUUUGCAAGAGCUUCCAACGCUGAAGAGCCUAUUCAAGGGAACAACCAUCAUUUGCAAGAUUGAUGAACAAACUUCCUGUGGUUGUGUAUUCGGCUGUGCCUCGACGAUGUAAGAUAAUGGUGAACACAGAACUGUGGGAAUCAUUGAUGUCGGACAAUCCCAACCUCUCUUUAUUUUCCAAAGGUGGUAAAUAUUUUAUCUUUAAUAUUGAAACAAGUUUUUGGAGCAAAUGUUUUGAUUUGAA